AUGCAGCAAAAUUUACCCGAACUUGGAAAAUCAUCCAUCAACGUUAACCUUUCCAAACAGAAUUCAAGCACCUCACAGACCAAUGGAGGCGAGGCCUCAUUCGUGGUUGGUUUGACCAAAUACCUUUUUAAACAAGGAUAUGAAGGCCGUGUAAGCAUCAUAACCCCCUAUGUGGGGCAGGUCGUGAUCCUUAGGAAUUUAUUCAAGGAUGCGGGGGUCCGGGUCAAAUCAAAUUCAGAGGACCUGACACAGCAAAAGAAACUCGAUGAUUGUUUUGGUGGGGAAAUUCAGGAAGAUAAACUUGGAGCUCAAGUAAGAAUCACAAGUGUAGAUAAUUUCCAAGGGGAGGAAGAUGAUAUCAUCAUCCUGAGCUUGGUCCGGAAUUCCCAAAAAAAUAGCGUCAUCAAAUACCAGAAUGAUUCUAUUGGAUUCUUGAAGUCCGAAAAUCGCGCAAACGUAGCUUUGUCACGAGCAAGGCAUGGUUUAUUCAUUUUAGGAGACUGUGAUCUACUUCAAAGAGCUACGCCCUAUUGGGACUUCGUGAUCUCCUCUCUUAAAGCCGAAGAGUCUUUGAUGGACGGUAUCCCGAUCAUAUGUGAAAGGUAUCCACUUACCUCGAAAAACUUGGUCCAGUGCUCCCGUCAAUUCUCAGAACUGUCACCGGAGGGUGGAUGUAGGCUGGUCUGUGGUGACCAAUUAGAGCCAUGUGGACACUUGUGUAAACGCCGCUGUCAUCCGGAUGAUCGUGAACUGUGUGAUAAAAUUCUGGGAUGUGGGCACCCGUGCCCCUCGUUAUGUCAUCGAGAUCUUUGUUUAGCGUGCCGCGUCCCCAUACGAGACGUGGAAUUGCCUUGUGGACAUGUUGCGCCGCGUAUCUUAUGUUCUGAACUUUCUCGCCUUGAGAAUGUGGUGUGCCAUGAAGCCGUACCUUGGAAGAUGGACUGUGGACAUGAAAAAAACAGAGACGUUCCCGAUGACUGCAUAGAACCUUGCGGUGGUGAAAUGCUUUGCUGUGACCAGAAAUGCUGGAAUCCUUGUUCUGGCGGUCGAAGCCUCAAUAAAGGAACUUCGACUGGAACACCAAUUGCUGCCGAUGCAGCGGUCCAGGUACACAAGCACGUCCCUCAUGCGUGUGAUAAGCAGCUUAGCUGUGGACAUAGAUGCUCUUCGCCAUGCCCGCAUGACUUUUGUCCACCCUGCUCCAAGUCAUGCGAUAUGAGUUGCGAACAUCGUCCCUGUCCAAAGCGUUGCAGUGAAAUGUGUAUCCCGUGCAAACACAAGUGCGAAUGGAGCUGUAAGCACCACACUUGUGAAUUGCCCUGCAUUGUGCCCUGUGCCCGUCCAUUCUGCCAGGAGGCAUGUCCAUUACAACUUAGCUGUGGUCAUCCGUGUCCAUCACUCUGCGGGGAAAAUUGCAGCCAUCAGAAUUGUGUGCGUUGUAGCCCUGCCUCAACGAUGGAACAGGUCGUUGAUAUAUUCGAGUCGAAGACUCUCAAUGAAAUGAAUCCGGAACAAAAUUGGGACGACAGGAUCAUCACACUUGCUUGCGGCCACUCUUGGACGGUCGAAACUCUCGAUGGACAUAUGGAGCUCCAUCAAUAUUACAAUUCAGAUGGGCGGCCAAUAUUUCCUACCGAACAUCGCGUCACUCCGAAAUCGUGUCCGUCGUGUCGUGGUGCGAUCACUCCCAAAUUUGCACGAAGAUAUACACGUCCGAUCAUGUUUGCUAAACUACAACUCUUGGAAGAAGAGAAUUAUCGACGAUCCGAAUAUACUGUGAAAGAAAUCUGUGAUCAGUUGAAGGAGUUCAAAUUUGUACUGGAUGAACGUACUUGGUUCGAAAUCAGCCACAUCAAUCCACGGGUUCAGCUCAAGGAAGUACUCGAAUACCAGACUUCGUGCUGCAAAGCUGAAGAAACUAUAUUACUCUCUCCGGCAGACAUUUUUGACUUGAAGCAACAUGGCUUCUCGAACAGUUUUCUAGAUACUUGGAAGAAGGCUACCGAUCCUCUCAGACUCACAUACAAGACCCUUUUUGAUUUGGUCACCACGAAGCAACCCAUGUGCGCCGCGUACGACGUAGGAUUAAGUAAAGUUUAUCAAUCAUUAGUUCAUCAGGCAGCAAAAAACAAUGAACAAGAUGGUGACAUCGAUGCUUUGAUGGCGCGGGCUCGUCGAGAAAUGGGAUCCUGUCCACCUCCGUCUAUCAAUACCAUCAUCACGGAUGUUGGUGCAUUGGAGGAUCAAAUCUUCGUUAUCAUUAUCCGGGCUUUAGAGAACUCCAUCCCAUCAUUCUACGACAGUAGUGAAGGUGCAGAUAUCAUAAUCUUCCAGUGGAAGCUAUAUUUGAAUUUCCUACGCCGAUCGCGUGUCAGGAGCAAAAAACUUAUUGCGACAGAAGCUUUUGAACUUGGUUUGACCAUUCAAACUGUGCAUGCUUGGGAUUUUCACGCCCGCGCGCUCUUAGACGAAAUGAAAUCGAUUGUGAAGGAAGAGCUACGUAAAGAUGAUAAGGAUCUAGAUCUUAUCAAAUCAUUAACAGAAGACUCAAACGAAGCGAUAAAUAAGCUAAACAAUGCGAUAGUCAUUUGGGAGAAGAUGUGCUUGGAAAGUUCGGGAAGUCAUGAUAAUGAUGAAAUAGAUUCUGCAAAGGAAAAUCGUGAUCUUUUAGAGAGCUCAUUCGAUCAGGUCCUAUCGUCCCUUGUGUCGCGAACGUGGGAGGAGCCUGUCACUCUCGAAGAAAAGACUAUGAUCGCUCGAGCCAUGGGGGUUCAAUUUGGAUCCCAUUGGUGUGCACAGGCUCUUUUUAAAUUUGAUGAUGAGAUGCUAAUUGACAUGAAAACACACAGGUACCGCUGUAUAGAGGGCCAUACUUUUUACAUCUCGGAAUGCGGGCAGGCUAUGCAAGUAAGACUCUCCAUGCUUCAAUCAAGGAUUGUAUGA